CCUGCAACUGCAGCCUGAUCUGCUGCCGCUGCUCGGUGCGCAUCUGACUCCAGAUCCAGCCCUGCUGGGGAGACGGGCAGGCCGGUAUCCGUCGUUAAGUCGUCGUUCCUCUGCAAUCAACGCGUCGAAUGUUCAGCUCGGACUCCAUUUUCAAUUCAAGUUGUGCCUCCGCCUGGCCCCAAGUAACAGGUUCCAUAACUGCUUCUGCAUAACUGGGUACUGAAGACAAAGACUCUUGUCGACUUCCCUUCUGAAUGAAUAGCAAAGAAGUUUCACCGCGGCGCUCAGUUCCAAUGGCCACCGCUGGUGCCUCCUCCCCAACUUAUGAUACCGACGAAGACGAUGACCUCCUUCUCAGUCUCGCCAACGAAGCUACAAAGUUCAGUGAUGACGUCGGGUCGGUUAGACCGCUGAAGGGGAAAAAGAAAGUGGCAAAGCCGACGAAAGUCGUUGUGGACCCCAAACUUGACGCACAGCUUAGGGAACUCGAAUUCCUUAGAAAGGAGAACAAGAAGCUGAGGGAGAAGGCUAUGAAGGAUAAGCAGGGCUCGCAGCCGCCGGAGCUUCCUCGGAAACGGAAACAGCCGGGAGAUGAAGCAACGUCACGCGGCAAUACCGAAAGCACGAAUGACUUCGGGGCGUUGCCUCCAGCGGGCGGCUCAACGGGACCUUUGCCGGUAGCUGAUCAAGCAUCAGCUACGAAAGUGAAGAUGAAUUUUGCUGAGAAACUGGCAGAGAACCGACGGCGCCAGGUCGCAGCGGUCGAAAACGCGACGGUGGUCAAAUCCGAGAAGUUUGCAUCGACACGGAAUCAGAAGGAGAGCGCUGUUGACGUUGCUUCUCAAACUGGGAAGAAACAGCGGAUUUGCGAUGAGGGACUUGAAGAGUUUUCUGGGUUGCGGCUGAAGGAGUCCCGAUUGGUGCCUUCUCAGUUGCUCCGAUCACACAUGCAGGGCCGGCGUAUGGUUGCCCUUCCUGACAUUUCAGCUUCGCUGUGCGGGAACGACAUUGACGGCGACUGGGUCACCAUUGGUGUGCUGUGCGAGAAGUCGUCCGUACGGACCAGCGCAAAGGGCAGCAAGUACAGCAUCGUGAAGUUGACGAAUCUGGGGCGGGGGAUGAUCAAUGUGUUUCUUUUCGAUGACGCUCACUCCGCACUCCAUGGAGAAAUUCUGGGAAGUGUGGUUGCGAUCUUGAAUGCUGGGAUAUUAUUACCUAAUGAGAGAGGCACCACGCUUGCGCUGAAUCUGAACAAUCCGGAUAAAUGGAUCAAGAUCGGCGAUACAAAGGAUAUGAUCUUUUGCAAAGGAGCGCAAAGUCAAGGAGGGAAAUGCAACGUCCCAUUGGAUGGACGGUAUCAUAGCUAUUGCGACUUGCAUGCAGAAGCGGUGUUCAAGAAAGCUCGAUUAGGCCGUCAAGAGUGUAUCAGCGGGAACGCGGUUUUUGCUCUCGGCGACCCAAAACAACGGGUCUCAUCCGCAAAGGCCCGGUCCUGGAAAUCAAAUAGCACGUACAACCUCCCCGGAGGACAAGCCCUCUCGACAGGCGACACGGGCAUAUCGGUGAUCCAGCCGUGCAAAGCAGGGAGGAAGCUGAAACCGGAAGAGCAAGCAGAUUUAGCAAAGAUGGUGGACUCAAACACGCCCGGUGCGCGAUAUUUACAACUCGCCCGCAAGAUUGAAACGGACGAUAAUGGCAUUACAAGGAAAGCGAUCCCGACGCGACCCAUUUUCACAUCACAGGCCAUGAGCCGAAUGGGCUUUGAUCCCAUUUCGGGCAUGCAGUUUGUACCGUCAGAAGCGAAGGAGAAGCGGCGUAUUGUAACAGCGGCGGCGGAAACACAACAUGAGGAGGCGGACGUAGAUGCGGAUUCCGUAGAGCUAGUGCUGUCUAGCGAUGAGGACUGGCGUAUUGAGAGAUUUCGUCAACAACGCUGCUUUACAUAUUUACAUUCCGCUGGUGUACACUGCCGAUGUCCUGCAAAUGAAAAGCUCGUUGUCCUGUACGAACCGACAUAGCAACGCCCUAAGAUUUGUCGUCCACCGAGGAUCAAUCGCUCGCAGACACACCGAGCCAAAUCGAAUCGUACGCUGAUGGUUGUCGAAGUCUUUGCGCAGUGAUUCACUGCUCAUUUGAUUUAGGUACGAUAAAU